AUGGCCAUGAUUCGAAUUCGAAAUUUACCUCUUUUUCCUUCCAUGUGAUCUCCUGUUAACCUGGCCACGAUCCUCCAUACCCGUGAGGUAUUUUGCUCAAUACUUAGAAAGAGGAAGGAUGAAAUUAUAUAAACCAAGUUUUUAAAUUUCAAAUGUCAGCAUAUCAGCUCUUCUGGCCGGAAGUACUUCCCUGUAAACUUUUGUUACCAGUUUUCGCGCUCCCACUGAUAUCCGUGCCGACAUCAGCCGAGCGGAGCCAGAGACUACCGACAAUUAGGGGAGUCCGACGGGAAAUGCAGGGGUUAGAGCCGGUGCAGAAAAGCAAAAUGGCGUGGCAACCAGACCAAGAUGGUUUACAGCAAAUUAUACAGCUUUUAAAGGAAAGUCAGAGCCCAAAUACUGAAGUACAACGAGCAGUUCAACAAAAACUUGAAUCUUUAAAUCAGUUUCCUGAUUUCAACAAUUACCUGAUAUUCGUCCUUACGAAGUUGAAGAGCGAAGAUGAACCGACUCGUUCACUGUCUGGCUUGAUUCUCAAGAAUAACGUCAAAUCACAUUACCACACUUUUCCUGAUCAAGUGAAAGAAUUUAUAAAAUCAGAAUGUCUCGAAGCCAUUGGAGAUCCGUCACCCCUUAUUCGAGCUACAAUUGGUAUCUUGGUCACCACUAUAGCGGCAAAGGGCGAUCUUACGAACUGGCCUCAGCUUUUACCAACAUUGUGUCAGCUUUUGGACAGUGAAGAUUACAAUGUCUGUGAGGGAGCUUUUGGUGCGCUGCAGAAGAUUUGUGAAGAUUCUGCUGAACAGCUUGAUAGUGAUGCUCUCAACAGACCCCUCAUCAUACUAAUCCCAAAGUUCCUGCAGUUCUUCAGACAUGCAAGCCCUAAAAUAAGAUCUCAUGCUAUUGCCUGCGUGAACCAAUUUAUUGUAACACGAACGCAGGCCCUCAUGGUUCACAUAGGAACCUUUAUUGAGAAUCUUUUUGCCCUUGCUGGGGAUGAGGACCCAGAAGUGAGGAAAAAUGUUUGCAGAGCUCUUGUCAUGCUCCUGGAGGUCAGAGCAGAUCAACUAAUUCCACACAUGAAUAAUAUUGUGGAGUACAUGCUGAUGAGGACACAAGACAAAGAUGAGAAUGUAUCACUUGAAGCUUGUGAGUUCUGGUUAACCCUGGCAGAGCAGCCCAUCUGUAAAGAGGCUCUCAAUCCCCACCUGCACAGGCUCAUUCCCAUAUUGGUGAAUGGAAUGAGGUACUCGGAGAUAGAUCUGAUUCUUCUAAAGGCUGACAAUGAGGAUGACGAGUCUGUUCCUGAUAGUGAACAGGACAUCAGACCAAGAUUCCAUAAAUCCAAGACACACAGCCAGCAACAUGAAGCUGAUGGAGAAAUUGAUGACCCAGAAGUGAGGAAAAAUGGAGAAAGUGACGGAGAAGAUGAUGAUGACAUGGAUGAUGAUGCCCUUUCAGACUGGAACUUGAGGAAAUGCUCUGCAGCUGCCUUGGAUGUGCUUGCUAGUGUGUUCCGUGAUGAUCUGUUACCAGUGUUGCUUCCAAUCUUGAAGGAGACAUUGUUUCAUCCUGACUGGGAAGCCAAAGAGUCUGGCAUCCUUGUACUUGGUGCCAUAGCUGAAGGUUGUUUGAGUGGUAUAUCUCCUCACCUACCAGAACUGAUUCCUUUCCUGAUCAACUCUCUUUCUGAGAAAAGGGCUUUGGUACGUUCUAUCACUUGCUGGACCCUUAGUCGUUAUGCGCACUGGGUCGUCAGUCAGCCACACGAGGCAUAUCUCCAACGUCUUAUGACAGAGCUUCUUAAAAGGAUUUUGGAUAGUAACAAGAGAGUUCAAGAAGCAGCUUGCAGUGCCUUUGCCACUCUGGAAGAAGAAGCCUGCACUGAACUUGUUCCGUACCUGAGCUUUAUUCUAGAAACGCUCGUGUUUGCCUUCAACAAAUAUCAGCACAAGAACCUUCUCAUUCUGUACGAUGCCAUUGGUACACUUGCUGACUCUGUGGGACACCACCUAAACAAGCCUGAGUUCAUUAACAUGCUGAUGCCACCACUUAUUCAGAAAUGGAACCAGCUGAAAGAUGAGGACAAAGACCUCUUUCCACUCCUGGAAUGUCUUUCAUCAGUUGCCACAGCUCUGCGUUCUGGCUUUCUUCCAUAUGCCGAGCCUGUGUUCCAAAGAUGUGUCUCACUGGUGGAGCAAACCCUAGCUCAGAGUGUGGCAUCUCAAACUCAUCCCGAGCAGUUUGAACCUCCUGAUAAGGACUUCAUGAUCGUGGCAUUGGAUCUUUUGAGUGGAUUAGCUGAAGGACUUGAAGGGCAAAUUGAGCAAUUUGUUAUUAGAAGCAACACAAUGACUCUCCUCUACCAGUGUAUGCAGGACAAAAUGCCGGAAGUAAGACAAAGCUCGUUUGCCCUGCUGGGAGAUUUGACUAAAGCCUGCUUCCAGCAUGUCAAACCUUGCAUUGGGGAUUUUUUACCAAUCCUGGGUCAGAAUCUCAAUCCAGAAUUCAUUUCUGUUUGCAACAAUGCUACUUGGGCCAUUGGAGAAAUCUCUGUACAGUUAGGAUCUGAAAUGAAGCAGUAUAUCAACUUGGUGUUGCAACAGCUUAUCACUAUUAUUAACAGACCUCACACUCCAAAGACGCUGCAAGAGAACACAGCUAUCACAAUUGGGCGUCUGGGUUUAGUUUGUCCGCAAGAGGUGGCACCCCUGUUACCGCAGUUUAUUCAGAAGUGGUGCACGUCAUUGCGGAACAUACGAGACAAUGAGGAGAAGGACUCUGCCUUCCGAGGUAUCUGUAACAUGAUUGGUCUCAACCCUGGUGGAGUUGUCCAGGACUUCAUAUUCUUCUGUGAUGCUGUAGCAUCCUGGGUGAACCCUGGCCCAGACUUGAAGGAGAUGUUCCUAAAGAUCCUUCAUGGCUUUAAAAACCAGGUCGGAGAGGAAAACUGGAAGCGAUUUUCAAGCCAGUUUCCUGCUGCCCUUCGAGAACGUCUGUCUACUAACUAUGGGGUUUGAAGAAAAGCUUCAGUAGUCAGGGUGGGGAUAACAGAUGGCUUUGUAGUCACUGUUCAGUUCAACAGUGUCCAAAGCCCAUGUCAAGAUCUUUUGUCUAAAUCUCAUUGUCCAUGUUCCCGUACAAGUCUGUGUUUAGCUAAUGGAUGUUGCUAUGAGGGGACAGCGCCAUCAUUAAGUGGCAGCCAUCUCACCUGAAUGUUCGUAUGUUGAUGGGAAGUGUUUGAACUUUGUGCCAAAUUCAAAUGAUCAAUACAUUCGUGAAAUAGUGGGAUGUGUACUUGUUCGCUGUCGUUUGCGUCCUUGUUGUCAGUGGCCACCAGUUGUGAUGUCAAGUGCUGCGAUGUGGCAGUGUCAUUGAAAAGCUGUUACAGUAAUAUUUUUGUCCGUAUUUUAGAGCUGGCUGGAAUCAAGUCAACCCUAUUGGUGCAAAUACAUUCAAUGCUCAUCUGCUUUAUGCAAGUAUUUUCUGUUACUUUGCAAAUUAUAGUUUCACUAAAUAGUGGAAAAGUAAGUUUAACUCUGCGUAACGUUAUCGUAGUUGUUAAUGAUGCUAUGUAAAAUAAUGUACAUGGUGAUGUAGAAUGCAGGAAGCUUCCUUCACUCUCCCAACACUUUUUGUUUUUGCUUGUACUGCACAUGGAAGUGAUUAUUCUUUUCUGAUGGUUUGUGAAAAUUAGGAUCACCCUUUUUUUCCAUAUCUUUAUUUCUCAAUAGGUAAAUUAAAUCUUCAGAAUGUUACACAUGAAAGGCCUUGCAUCCAAAUAUAAAAUUUGAGAAAAAUAUGGUAGUACUGAAGGCAUCUUCCUGUAAACAGCUACAUUAAGACCUAAAUUUGUAACUGAUAUGUAUAAUAGUAUGUAAAUUGUAUACUCUGUAUAGCUGGUAUCACACACAAAAACUCUUUGUUCUAGAUUUGCAGAGAAUUUAUAGAAAAAUAAUGAAACUUUCAUUAUAAGCGUCAACUCUGUAUAAAGUGUGACCUUGGUACCACCAACAGCUGGACUGUUGCGUGGCUUGAAAAGAUUUUGAUGAAAGACUUCUGCAGGAUAGAAGUCUGGGUUGAUGGCUUGUAAGGUUUAUGCUAAUGCAUAGUUGUCUUGAAGAAGCUUGCCUGUUUACUUUACUGCAGUGAACAUGCUGUGAGGGUGUCCUUUCUUUGUAUAAGAGGGCUACUGCAGCAAACAGCUUAACUGCAAAGAUGAUUCUUGCACUGUAUGUUUGUCCAUAAUUUUCUUGUAGUUUUGGUAUUGAGAUGAUGUAUUGACACUAACAUAAUUAAUACCUUAAAGGAGUCUUCUCACCUCAUAACUCCCUUGUGUGUGUAUACCAGUCUUUUUCUAGUAACCUAACACCUUUAUCACUCUUGAUUACAUCUGUCCCAAUUAAAGAACCUCUGUAAAGCAUUUAUAGUACAAACCUAAAUCUAAUCUUGUUUUCUUCAAACUGUGCUUUCUUGUAACCCUUCAGCUUCAAAAUUGGCGUGAACAUGUGCAGGAAAAUAGUGAAACUUGGAAGGCAGUUUCCUUAAAUAAGUCCAGCAAAAAGUUGAUUAGCAAAUAUUCAAAUUGCACUUGAAGCUGACUGAUUCUACAGUGUUUUGCCUGACAAAUAGAUAGGUUAGCAUUUUAGUAUGUUAUUUUAUUAUGUUUUGGUAAUAUAUAAUAUUUUAAUUAUCAGAUGAAGAAAUUUUAGGAAGUUAAUGUUUUAUAGUUUUGUAUAAGAUUGUAGUAAUGAAAUUAAUGGUUAACGGCUGUGCAUGAAAUAUAAAUUUGAAUUCAAUGUAAGUUACAGUGUAUAAUGAAAGUGUAGUCUGAUAGUGACGUAACCUGCAUCCUUUUAUCUUUUACUUCUUGGUCAACAUGCAACUUUUCCCGUACUUUUCUUAUAGUAUUAGAUUUAGGAGAGUUUAUCUGUAAGCCUAGAUUUCCUUCACUAAUCUGUCACUGAAUUCUCCUGAUCAGCAAUUUUAUGAGAAAUAACCUGUUGAUCAAAGUAAGGGCUAAAUGGGUUAGGGAAAGCUGUUAAUAAUGUUUCUAAUUUAUCUAGCUUGCUAAUGUAUGCUCAAAAGCAAAGAAAACAGUUUUCAUAUUUUAAGACCAGAGAAAUGGCUCAAAACAAUGAUUUGGUAAAAACAUGAGAAAGGUUGGCAAGUCACAAGCCAAAGGCAAGUGAUGAAACAACCUUUCUGACAGUUCUUGCAAUAUGCAUAGUAGUUUGCUGAGAAAAUGUACCAUGGUUUUUUGCUUUUAUUUCUUUUUGAAUGAAAUGCUUACAGUUUCCAAGUGGCUUUCCUAUAGCUAUGGACUGAUUCAAAAUAAUGUGCCAAACUCAAAUAAGGGGACCUGAUGGACCACAUUUACAUGUGAGUCCAAGCCCAUGUCAGAAGUGUACAUGUGUGUCUAGAAUCCCUUGAAUGGUCCUCUUCAAUCAGAUUAAAGUUGAACUUCAAUACAUCCUUCUGUUAAAGCAAAUGUUACUUUCUUUGGCUGUCCUGGGAUUUUUUGUGUUUUUUUGGCCAUUUCUCUUGUUUUCUUUGGUUGUUUAGGCAGUUAGAUAACUUAUUUAUUUUGUACCAGGAAGAAUUUUUGAAAUAUGUGUAGUGUAGACUUUCAUAUGUCGAGUGUCAUAUUGAUAUUUUAGACAUAAACUAAUUCAAGUCCUGCAUACAGUACUGAAUGAACAGCUUUAGUAAAACUAACAACUUCCUUAAUCUUAGCACAUAUUUUUGGUGUCUGUAGCAAGUAGUGAAAGGAAAAUGGCAAGGUUGCUAAGAAGUAACAGUUUAAUUUUGCUUGUGUGAACAGCAUAGCUAACAAUGUAAUAACCAUCUUGUUAAAGUAAUAUUAAAUAAAUAUUUAAGUUAAGUAAUUUUAAUUAUGUAAUUCUAAGAUGCAUGUGACUAUAAUAAUUAUUAAUUAAAGAGUAUCGUCAGUUGAAACUUGUGUAUGCAACAAAUCAGGUCCACUUGACAAUUUCAUUUGGAAAUUAAUGAUAGAACAGGCAAGAUUCAUUGCUUAACCUGAUUUGUACUUACAUGUGUUUUCACCUGUCAGGGAAUUCAGAAUUCUUCUUCAAACCUCAACUUGUGGGCAAUUAAAACUGAAGCUCUUACUUGCCUGGGUUUGAAGAUGAAAGCUGCAAUUAUUGUUAGUUUAAUUACUUAAGGUAAAUUUAUUGAGAUAUUAAUUAUAAAGGCUCGUCUGGAGAUCUCCAAAUUAACUGCUGCACCAAAGUUUUUUGUUUCACCACUGUUUCAUUUGUGCCCAAAAAAUGUGUCUUAUCAUUUCAACUCAGGAUAGCCAUGACUGCAUAGCUUUUUAACAAAUGAAUUCGAAAACAAAAUGUUGUAGUGUAAUUAGUGAUUUAAUGGUAAAUAUUAUGACCGUACUUUUGAAUGUUACUAAUUCGACAGCCAGUUUUUCUAAAAUACAUUUUGUGUCAAUUUUGUAUAUUUAGCUUUUAAUUAAUACAGAACACGAACUUGGGUUUUUGGACAUGGUGUAAAUUGCUUAACUUGUUCAAUUACAAGCUCAAAAUCCAUUUUCCCAUUACUAAUUUCAAUAUUUUCCUUUGUUGUUUUCACGAGAACUUGCUCUCUUAUCUUAGCUAUGUCGGUUACUCUUCAACGCAAACGGUAUUAAUGAUCUUUUUUCUCAUCACCCUUAUCCUAAAUAUUUUACUAAUGUUCUAAGGAGAAAUCGUAUGUCAAUCUGUUGGGAUUUAUGGUUCAAAAGGCUAUGCUCUCAUGGUUAUCACCUUCUCCAAACCAGCUGGACUGUGUUUGUUUGUCGUACUGUGAGGAAUUACAUUUAUGUGCGUCCAAAGCUGUGUCAUUAUUAUGUCAUUGGUGGGUCCGUGUGUGACACUGCAAAAUGUUAUUUCUAUAUAUUUAAGUAAAUAACCGGAAUUACAAUAUAAUUAAUGGCGUUUAAAAUUGUCCAGGAGAAUAUUUGUCAAGAAUUUACAGUAUGCAUGUUCUGGGAAGGUACAUGUUAAAUAAAUGUCACGUUUUAAUGUUAUUA